CCUUGGACAAGUGGUCCCUCGUCCUGCGUCUCAAGAUGGGUGAGGAUAUGGCUUCAUCCUACAAACUGCCCGUAUGGGUCGACUGUGACCCCGGUCAUGACGUGAGUUAUAUUGGUUUAUCUCUCUCAAUGUGAAAUGUCUCGAUACUCACAGCUCCUGCUGCUCACCAGGACGCCUGUGCCCUCCUCCUUGCGGCUUAUCAUCAGUCCCUUAACCUCAUCGGGGUGAGCAUUGUGCACGGCAAUGCGCCAAUGUCGAAAUGUACAUUCAACGCCCUGAGUGUGCUGGAAGCGAUCGGAAAACCUGAAAUUCCCGUUUUCCCCGGCCUGUCGCGUCCAUUCUGUCGUACCGUCCAUACCGCUCCUGAUAUCCAUGGCGCGAGCGGGUUAGGAGGGACAGACCUCCUUCCUCAACCAAGCCGUUCCGCCUUGACGCAUUGCAGUGCCAUCCUCGAGAUGCGUAGUGCGCUUCUCUCUCAACCUAAAGGCACACCGUAUCUUGUCGCAUCCGGCCCAUUGACGAACGUCGCUCUCCUCUUCACCCUCUUCCCAGAGGUUGCCGAACACAUUGCGGGCCUCUCCAUUAUGGGGGGUGCGAUCGGCGCAGACUUCACCCAUGUCACGAUGGGCCAAGCUUACCUGGAUACCCAAGGCACCACUCAUGCUAGAAUUGGAAACCGCACGCCUUUUGCAGAGUUCAACAUAUGGGCAGAUCCAGAGUCGGCACGUUCAGUCUUUCAAAACCCGCUCUUGAAAUCGAAGACGACUCUCAUCCCUCUGGAUGUGACUCACCAAGCCUACGCAACACACAAAGUCCAGCACAUGCUAUUGAAUGGAGUAAACGGGCCGACGAGGCUAAGGAGGAUGUUCAACGAGCUGCUCAUGUUCUUUGAGCAUACCUAUGCUAAGGUGUUUGGGCUAAACGAAGGACCGCCACUGCAUGAUCCGCUCGCAGUGGCUGUAUUACUGGAAAAUCAUCCAGACCCCCGAGUCAGAAUCGACUUUGAUGAUAAUGGUGGCGAGAGAUGGGACGUCGAUGUCAUCUUGGAGGGUGAGCAAACUGGAAGGACCGUGAUAACAAAGUCGUUGAAUAGUGGAGGCGUGAGGAUUCCGAGGACACUCGAUCUAUCCAAGUUUUGGCAUACGUUGGAGGAAUGCAUGGCGAGGGCUGAUGAGGUUACAGGAUACAUAAAAUGAAUGGCAUAUAGACGACGUUGCAAGUACCAAUGAUAUCAGAAAGAUAGGAUCAACAGUAUCUACAGGAUGUUUGGACAAUAGCUGGUUUCGAGAGACAUGCCAUACACCACUCAAUCCUGCAGAUGUCUCCU